AUGCCAAGUACUUGCAGCCAUUGGGAUCCAGACGGAAAUCAAUGCAAAGAGGAGUCUGGCUGGACUGUUACCAUCGCUGGACAAAACCCUUUCCAUUUGUGCACUGACCACAUCCCUUUUUUGCCCAAACCAAUUGGGGGGGCAAAUCAAAUGAUCAUCACACCCCACGUGGGAAAGAUCUGCGCCAAAGAAGGUUGUGAUGAGCAAAGGUGCUCAGGAAAGUUCUGUUUUGAACACACGAAAGAAGAAUGCUCUAAAGGAACAUAUGCAAAACGAAAAUCAAUGUGCUUCGCUGAGAACUGCCUCACACGGGCACAGUUCAUCCAAGUCUGGCACGUGACACCGAGGAAGAGGGCGUGUUGUGAGCAUCAAAAGGAAUUGGCUGACAUUGUGCUACAAGAGCAUCCCAAACCUGAUUUCUACGUACCAGAUGGUAUCCAGAUCAAGGUUGAAACCACCGUUGGAAAGGGCAGAUGGAAAAGCAUGGAAGCGUUUUUCAAGAAGAUGUGGAUGACUUUUCUGUGGCCAAAGAUCCAGGCUGGUGAGAAUGUCGCCGGAGUUGAAGCACAGAGCGAAGCAGGGUUCAAGGAAUACCUGAAUGACCAGUUCCAGUUCGUGAAGCACCAAUGGGAGGCUAGGCAGUUCAUAAACCUUACCCCAGCUUGCAUCCUUGCAUUGCGCAAUAAAGAAGUAAUGGCGUUCCAGAUUCUUCUGCCAAUCACCGAGGAGACGUUACGAGAAGACAUCAUUUGCCGAGAUGAAUCGAGCAGCCUUUCGGUUCUUGGCAAUCCUGACGUCCAGGCAGCCAUCAGGCGAGAGUUUGGCCGUGAUUCAGCUUGCUACAUGAUCUUAAGGAAAGCAACCAGCAUGGAUCUGGGGGAUAUUCGCCCAGAUGUCAUGACGGCAAUGUGGCGAGCGGCGCGACUUCUUCGAACUACAAAGAAGCAGACAGUGGUCUUUAGCGCAAGGUACGAGAUUACCUGGAACGAAUACGAGGACCUUGGAAAGGAGUCAGCUGAGUUAGGAAGGAACCUGUGGCACGUUCACAAGUCUAGAGAAGAGGAUGGUUGUCCAUGGGAUGUCCGAAAGUCUGAAGAUAUGCACGCGCCGAAGGGGCCACCUCGGAGCCGCAAAAACCAGAAUAUCAAGCAUCAAGUGCGCAAGAGGAAGGCCAUGGUGCCGUCCAUGUAA